AUGUCGCCAGAUUUGGCGCUUCAAUUUUGCCCUGGAGAUGGCUCCCUGGAGAUUGAGCACAUCUACGACUACGAGCCUGGUGGACACCACCCUGUGCGCCUUGGCGAUACGUUUGGCGAUGCUGGUCGAUACCGAGUCAUCCACAAGCUGGGGAGCGGCGGCUUCGCCACAGUCUGGCUGUGUCAGGACAUGACGGUGACAGAGACGCCGGGAUAUUGGGCUUUGAAAAUUGUUGUCGCCGCGCGCCGACGCAUCUAA